AUGAAUGCCAUCAGCGGGACAUGUGAUGACUACAACAGCGGCGACCUGGUGUUUGUCAACACUUUGCCAUGGAGUCGGUCAGAAAUUGUCUCCGUGCCCUGGAACCGGGAAGAACUAUCCAAGCGCUGCUGGAUUGAAGGAGUGGAUGACAACGCUAUGCAGAAGACAGAAUGCGGCACGCUGGUUUCGAUUGUAGCUCCAUCUGCCGGCUACAAAGUUCUUCGAGGGAUUUCUUCUCACAAGGUGUCGGUGCUGGCUGUGGAAACUGCUCCUGGCGUGAUUCGACUGCGCAACCAGUUCGUGGAGGCCAAGCUGAACUACAUCUGCGAGGUGUCCUCGCUGAAGAUCCUGGGUGGUUCCAAGGAGCUCGUGGCUGCAGACAAACUAGCAAACGUGUUUGUCAUGUUCGAUGACAUUCCGCUGUAUUGGGAUGCCUGGGACGUGAUGGACUAUCACCUUGAGACGCGAAGGCCAGCGGUCAAGCAGGUGCGCUUUGACUGA